GACUGGCAACUAAUACUAGUCGGAAGUAUGGAGAAUUUUCGUGUUGAUUUGGUGAAGCGGACAUGCCAAUCGUUUUGAGAUAAUGAAAUGCGUUGCAAAUGUUUUAUUCUGGUGAUCAUCUCAAAGUUCUCCUAUUUGUUUAGUUCAGCAGCUGAGAAUGUAUUGCUGACAUCGUCGAUCAAGGAUAAUGCCUGUAUUCCAGUGCAACAGAAAGAUAUAUCAUGUACUACCCUUUGUUAUUGUAUAGGGCCAGGGAUAAAAGACAAUGAUUCAGCCCUGUAUAAGUUGGUAAUCUGGUCCAUUUUGUUUACAAGGUUGAAUGAUUGUAAACCGAGUUUUACAAUGUCAGUUGUAUUCUCCUUGAACAAAGAUAAGUUGAUAUAUGAUGGAGACAUUUCGAAGCAAGGACAAGACGAGAUGAUUUGGAAAGCUCACUGGUUGUCCAAAAGCAAUUGGGAUAUUGACAUGAUCAAAAACAUCAGCAAAGUGGAAAUCUUUAUCUAUAAUUUGAAGAGUUCUCUGCCAGAACAUUCCCUGUACAUUUCCUGCCCUCGCAAAAGCGGGAAAAUGUUCCUGGAUCAUCAAGUUUGUUCAUAUGGCUGUAAUUAAACUAACCUGAUUUUCACAUUUGGGGGCAAUGUCAAUCAGGCAGAGUUUAGAGAGGAAAGAUUAUUGUUGGACCCUGAAGGCCCAUCUGAAAAUCUAAUACUUGAUUUUAAAGCCUUUGCUCCAGCUGGAAUUUCUCAAAAAAUCUGAUAAUAACAAUAAUAAUAAUUGAAUAAUUUCUAUUGCGCCAUUUAACAACUACAGAUCAACAGCGCUAAAAAGAUAUUAUAUAUAUUAUAGAUUAUUUUAGUAUACAGAAAUAUGCAGAAAUUAUGAUCAUUUUGACUCAAAUU